AUGGCAGUCGUUGACCAAGAUCACGACCAAGACAACUUCUCCAGCAUCUCGUGGACCGAACACUCGGAUGAGCCAGCCAUGAGUCCGGCCCCAGGACAGCCCGGGCAUCAUCCCGGCGAGGCCUCAGGAGCCGGCCACAGCGGCCGCGAGCUUGAUCCUCACGGGCUAGGCAGCGAGAAACUCGAGUGUACGGUUGGUAGUCCGCUCAAGGAGAAUGACGGCAGCAAGGAUGCCUUCAUUUCAUACCUGAUUACCACUCACUCCACCUUCCAGUCGUUCCAGAAGGAGAAAACCACCGUCCGCCGGCGCUUCACAGACUUUGUCUUCCUAUACAAACAGCUCAUGCGGGACUAUCCCGCUACGGCCGUCCCGCCGCUCCCAGACAAGCAGCGCAUGGAAUACGUGCGAGGCGACCGCUUCGGCCCAGACUUCACGUUCCGGCGAGCGCACUCGUUCCAGCGCUUCCUGGCCCGUCUAUCCCUGCACCCCGUCCUCCGCCGGGCGCCCAUCCUGCACAGCUUCCUCGAGAGCCCGGACUGGAACGCGACCAUGCGCAGCCGCAGCACCCGGACCAGCAUGUCCACCGACCCCAGCAACUCGAGCGGCGUCUUCGACAACUUCGCCGACACCUUCAUCAACGCCUUUACCAAGCUGCACAAGCCCGACCGACGCUUCAUCGAGGUCAAGGACAAGAGCGACAAGCUCGACGAGGACCUGGGCAGCAUCGAAAAGAUCGUCGCCCGCGUCGUCCGCCGCGAGGGCGACCUCGAGGGCGACCUCAAAGACCUCGCCGAGCAGUUCCAGAAGCUCAUCACCCUCGAGCCGGGCGUCGAGCCCGAGUCCCACGCCUUCGCCGCCUCCAUCCAAGACACGGCCGCCCACAUCCACACCCUCCGCGACGUGACAGACCAGGACUACCUCGGCUCCCUGCGCGACAUGCAGGCCUACUCCCUCUCGCUCAAGAACCUCCUCCGCGCGCGGGAGCAGAAGCAGCUCGACUUUGAACAGCUAACCGAGUACCUCAACAAGUCAACCUCGGAGCGGGACUCGCUCCAGUCGGGAUACGCCUCGUCCGGCGCAGGCUCCUUUAUCCGCGCCAAGAUCGAAGACGUCCGCGGCGUCGACCACGAGCAGGCUCGUCGUGAGCGCCAGCGCAAACUCGAACUGCGCGUCGAAGAGCUCACCACCGAGGUGGAGCGCGCCCGCGCCACGAGCGACAUGUUUGACGACGAAGUCGUCCGCGAGGUCGCCGACUUUGAGAGGAUCAAGAGGGUCGAGUUCAAGAACCAGCUCGGCGGCUUGGCAGACGCCCAUGUCGCCUUUUACGGGGACGUGAUUGACAUUUGGGACAAGUACAUCCGGGAAAUGGACAAGGAGGGCAUGGCGGUUGCGUGA